CUCACUCAGCCCGCCUGCCUCAGCCCUGCGCAGUCAGCCGUCAGCAGCAGCGGCAGCAGCAGCAGCAGCAGCAGCGCCACUGGGUGCAGGGAUAUCCCGAUGAAGGGGAGACUAUUCGGGGGUGAAGAAUUCAGCCGAGAGGACUCGAUCCGUCGUGAGGUGAAGCGGUUACUUAAUUAACCAUCGCUCCAAGACAAACGACUCGGAUGUUGCUGCCAUGCGCUACACUCACACCCGAAGCAGACGAAAAACUCUGAAAGACGUCUCAUCAAUUUUCUGUCCUCUGAUCGAGGCAACUUUCAGUGACUCUCCUCCAGGACUCGCAGAGCUCCCUCACUACCACCACCACCAUCAGCACCACCAUCAGCACCCAGACGCCGCCUUCAUCCAGCAACACCUUCCUCAUCCUCUCACAGGACUGGCUGAACUGUCAGUAAGGUUCGUUCACAAAUGUCUACCUCACGAUUAAAAGACCCCUUUCCAACACUGCGACCCUGAACAGGAUACAAAAUGACCUCAAGCAUUGACCGGGAUGACAGCAGUAUCUUUGAUGGGUUAAUGGAAGAAGAUGAAAAGGACAAAGCAAAACGUGUGUCCCGUAACAAGUCCGAGAAGAAACGCAGAGACCAGUUCAAUGUCCUCAUCAAGGAGCUGGGUACCAUGUUGCCGGGCAACACCCGGAAGAUGGACAAGUCCACUAUUUUGCAGAAGAGCAUCGACUUUCUGCACAAACACAAAGAAAUCGCUGCUCAGUCAGAGUCGACUGAGAUCAGACAAGACUGGAAGCCUCCUUUUCUUAGUAAUGAAGAGUUCACUCAGCUGAUGUUGGAGGCAUUAGAUGGAUUCUUCCUUGCAAUUAUGACUGAUGGGAAUAUAAUCUACGCCUCUGAGAGUGUGACGUCCCUACUAGAGCACUUACCUUCUGAUCUCGUGGAUCAGAACCUGUUGAACUUCCUGCCCAUGGGGGAGCAUUCAGACGUGUACAAAGCUCUGUCCUCUCACAUCAUGGAAGGAGAGACGCUGACGCCUGAAUAUCUGAAAACAAAAAAUCAGCUCGAGUUCUGUUGCCACAUGCUCCGAGGGACGAUCGACCCCAAAGAGCCGCCUGUGUACGAAUAUGUCAAGUUCAUUGGAAACUUCAAAUCCCUGAAUAAUGUGCCUAACUGUACCCGUAACGGCUUCGAAGGAGUGAUCCAGCGAUCGCUUCACUCUGCCUUUGAAGACAGAGUGUGUCUCAUAGCAACUGUGAGGCUUGCCAAACCGCAGUUUAUCAAGGAGAUGUGCACUGUAGAGGAGCCUAAUGAGGAAUUCACCUCCAGACAUAGUUUAGAGUGGAAGUUUCUCUUCUUGGACCACAGAGCUCCACCUAUAAUAGGUUACCUCCCUUUUGAGGUCCUGGGUACAUCAGGAUAUGACUACUACCAUGUAGAUGACCUGGAGACGCUGGCCAAAUGCCACGAACACUUAAUGCAAUACGGCAAGGGAAAGUCAUGCUACUACAGAUUCCUCACCAAAGGGCAGCAGUGGAUUUGGCUUCAGACCCACUACUACAUCACCUACCACCAGUGGAACUCCAGACCAGAGUUUAUCGUCUGCACACACACUGUAGUAAGUUACGCUGAAGUAAGAGCAGAACAGCGCAGAGAGCUCGGAAUUGAAGAAUCACAACCUGAGAUCACAGCAGACAAGCAGUCCCAGGAUUCAGGCUCCGAGUCCCAGCUCAACACGUCCAGCCUGAAGGAAGCUCUGGAACGCUUCAACCACAGCCGGACACCGUCCGCCUCGUCCCGCAGCUCACGCAAAUCCUCGCACACCGCCGUGUCUGACCCGGCCUCGUCACAGAUGAAGCUUCAGGGUGACAGGAGUACGCCGGGACGCCAGUCUGUCUCUGCUGUGGAGAUGACGUCCCAACGGAGGUCAUCUAUCAGCAGUCAGCAGUCGAUGAGCUCCCAAAAUACAGGACAGAACAUGGCAUCAUCCAUGGUUUCACAACAACAACAACAGCAGCAGCAGCAACAACAACAGCAGCAGCAACAACAGCAGCAACAGCAGCAACAACAACAGCAGCAGCCUCAACAGCAACAAGUUCAGACCAGCCAGUCAAUGGUGCAGUUCUGCAGCCAGCUAGAAGCCAUGCAGAACCUGAAAGAGCAGCUGGAGCAGAGGACGAGGAUGAUCGAGGCCAACAUUCAGCGGCAGCAGGAUGAGCUGCGUCAGAUCCAGGAGGAGCUGCAGAGAGUUCAGGGACAGAGCCUGCAGAUGUUCUUGCAGAAAGGAGCCGCGGGACUGAAUCUGAGCUCUGUUCAGAUGGCCCAGGGGAACGCUGUGCAGCAAGGGGGAACACUCAGCAUGCAGGGCCAGGUGGUGUCUGCAGGGCCUCUGCAGAACAGCAUACAGCAACAGCACGCUGUCCAGCCCCAGUCCCAGCAACAAACACUCCUACGGGAACAGAGCACAGCGCUCUCACAGUCUCAGCGGUCGUCUCUCACUCUGCAGCCUCAACAAAAUCAACUGCCUGCGUCUCUGUACAACACAAUGAUGAUCCCUCAGCAAAGCCCCUCUAACGUGGUCCAGAUCACCACUAGCUUGGCUCAGAACACCGGACCCAACACUCCUGCUGUGGCUACAUUUGCUCAGGACCGUGCAGCUCAGAUUAGGUUUCCUGCUGGUCCUCAGCUGCUCACCAAGCUAGUGACGGGGCAGAUGGCGUGUGGGGCAGUCAUGGUUCCCACAACCAUGUUCAUGGGCCAAGUGGUAACAGCCUUUGCUCCUCAGCAAGGCCAGACCCAAACCAUCAGCAUUUCCCAGCAGCCGCAGCAACAGCAGCAGCAACAACAGCAGCAGCAGCAGCAACAGCAGCAGCAGCAGCAGCAGCAGCAGCAGGAGCAGCAGGUACAGCAGCAGUCACAGGUCACAGCCAUGCAGCCCGGGCAGGCUCCACUGGCCCAGCAGCAAACACAGUUCUUACAGGCUCCUCGACUUCUGCACGGAAACCAGUCCACCCAGCUGAUCCUGCAGGCAGCGUUCCCUUUGCAGCAGCAGGGUUCCUUCACUGCCACCACCCAACAGCAGCAGCAGUUACAACAACAGCAACAGCAGUUACAACAUCAACAACAACAUCAACAACAACAACAGCAACAGCAGCAGAAGCAGUUGCAGCAGCAGAAACAGCAGCUGGGCCCUCACAGGGCGGACAGUUUGUCCGAUCGCUCUGCCUCGCAGCCACAGUAGCCGGCCGAAGCCGAUCGGAAAGCGGAGCGAGCCAAACCCCACGAGGCAUGGGCGUCUUUGUGAAGGGGAGUACAUCACUGAGACCAUGCCUCAGAGGCUGAGAGGUGAUUGGACGGGCAGCCUGCGGCUUCCCUCCCUCUCACAAGGAUCUUUUUUCUGUUUGCACUUAACUCCUGAGCACAGAGUGCUGUAGAGAACCCGCGACCGGGCCCGCUGUGGCUCUGGCAGUCGGCUUUGGCUGUGGGUCAAAGCCUUUUUUCUCCAAGAAAACAGGGAGCCACAAUCCCUGUGAUGGACUCCCUCCUCCGCCCCCCUGCCUCACACCCUUCUCUCUGUGUGUUUAGUGUGUGUGUGUGUGUGUGUACGUGCGUGUGUGUGUGUGUGUGUGUGCGUGCUGUAGUCACCCUCACAGGAUUAUUUUACGCAGAGCUCUCCAGUUAAUGCAGCGAAGCUUCUGCCGAGCUCCGAGGACGUCCUGCAGAACAGUUUGUUUCGGAUGUUUUCUCCUGUUCUUGUUUUUCGUGUAAAAAUAACGAUGGGUCAGAAAAUAUUUUUAAGAAUGUGGUGUAGAUUGAAACUUUUACUGUACAGAAACAUCACGUGUAAUAUAUUCUGUAAAUACAAUGAAAAAGAAAGAACUAAUAUUUUAUAUGAUGCAUGACAUGAAAUGCGUAGUCUGUUAUUCGCAGCUUUGAAUAUGCUUUUUUUCUAGUACUCUACGAAGAAAAGAUCUUAAAGAAUCGCUCAGCGGCUGAUAUUUUCACAGACUUCCUUUCUCUUACGGGACGUGUGUUUGUGUGUCUGCAUAGCAGACGAAGCUGAUGCUGCUUGUCGUGUCACAGUUUGUUUAAUCCUUGACCCACAUUUUCACAGAAUUUCAUAAAAUUCUCAAAAUGAUAGAGAAGUAUUUUUAAGCUUUUUAAAGACACCACACUCAACUCGAGCUAAAUGUCAUGAAGACUUACCGAGGUUAAGCUAAAUGUAUGCAACGAUAAGAUUUGCCAAGAUAAUCCUUUGUUUUGUUUUUUAGCACUUCUGCCUUUAAUCAACAUAUAAAUAUUUAUCCCUUGGAAUAUAUUGAAAGUUUAUAGAUCAGUCAUGUUAAGCUGUGGAUAACUGUCUCAGAGUCGAGCUGGAGAUGGUUGGUAACUUUUUGCUGUUUGCUAAAUCGGUGCUAAGCGCAGUGAGAGUGAAUCGGAAAAACCAAAACAACGAGCUGAAAGAUGCUAAAAAGGCUCCAGAGUUAAGUAGUCACGUGUCAGUACUGUCAGCUUUUUAAAAAGUCUGAUGCCUACAAGGAUGCAGGAAAAUGUUGGGACCAUUCUGUCACCGCUGUCAAACUCACGGUGACAUUGAGGAGAUUACAAUCACGCCCCCCCUCCUUACCCACCCACCCACCCCCGCCUACACACACUCUGGUUUAGCAGGCUCGCCUGGCAGCUCCCUCACCAUCUGAUCUAAUUCACCAUCAGAUGGUGUCAGGCGGACAGCUCAGCCUAUUCUUCAUCUGUGUGAAGUGACGGCCCGAGCUCGACACACACAUGGCCGCUGUCGUCUGGUGAAAUACAUACGUUAGACGUAUUUGACCUACAGCGUGCAUCUGGUCAUGUUUGAAUAAACACACCCACGUCGAAUUCUUAUCUUUUUUUUUUACAAAGAGAAAACUCGUCACAGAUACGUCUUAUUUAUCAGCCGAGUAACUUUUCUAACAUGUUAAAGUGUCUAAAGCUGCUUCUACUGUGAUAAAGUCCAGCUCGGUUUCUGCUUGAUCAGCUCCAAAGUGAUCACUGCCUGUGUCAGACAUUUAGUCAGUGUAACUGUCACUUUGUUAUGAUUGCCCAAAGUGUGUGUGUGUGUGUGUCUGUAUACAUUUUUAAUCACACGUUUCACAUUCGGCUUGCAUCAUAUUUAUGUAACUGGCCUUUUUUUUUUUUUUUUUUAAGUGGUUGCCUUUGUCGGCUAAAGUUGUCACUUAACUAACUGGUUAUUUUAUGAAUCAGGCCCACGUGGAGCUGUUCACGCUUUAUCCAGACAGUGUUACAUCCUGUUGCAGUGUGACCACUUCAUUCAUCCAUUCAAAUCGCAGUAAAGACCCCCCUCCAGGGGUAUUAAUAUUAGAAACUCUCCUUCCUAAUUUCUCACCUCAAACCUGAUUUUCAGCUUAAAAUGUUCAUGGAACAAUCAUGUUUAUACUGAAUCACACUAAAGUCUGAGAUAAUGUUCAGUUUAUCUUUUCUUAAACCUUCUAGAAACUACAAAUUCCUGUGAUUGAGACAUGAUUGAUGUCUUCUGAGUAACUGAGAAACUUUAUGAUCCAUGACACGAUCACGAGGCACUUUGAUGAACUGUAGUUUGAAGUAAAUCCUACAAAAAAACAAUGAAAUCAAAUAGAGAUCUGGGUCAUGAAAACAUUAAACAUCCUCCUCUACUCUCCCCAAAAUGUCCCUUCAGCAAAAACUAUAAAAAAAUACACAAUCUCCUCUAAUAAUUUACACACAGUCCCUAACACCUGCCUUGUUUCUGUGCUCUUUGUUUUUUUUAAAUCAGUUGUGGUGCUUCGACACAUAUCAACAUAUAAGUAAGACAUUUCUCUGCUAAACACUUCCAGACCUGCAGAGCGGACCCCGGGUCCUGUGAUUACACACGAACAGCAUCUGGAGUGUGAAAUUUAUACGUGGUGCAAUAUACCUACAAGAAUGUAAUUAAAUAUCAUUAACACAAGUAUUUUGCAUGAGAGGAGAGACUUUGCACAAUGUACGAUAGGACAUGCAGUAAAUAAGAGAACUUAAGUAUUUUUCUAUAUUACCGGAAUAGACCUCAUUAAGCUGCCACAUGUACAUCAGAUGUGAAAAUCUGAAAAUCGAGGAACGUGAAGGAUCUAAACGAACUGUGACAUACAAACAAAGACUGUUGAACUCGUUUCCCUCAGAAGAAGCUGGUUAUUUGUGAGUUUAUGCAAAGACUUUGUAUCGAAUUUUAAGGGUUGUUUUUGAAUCUUUAACCUGUCGGUCAAAUUAAUUUUCCUUCAUGCUGGAAAUUGUUGGAAUUGACAAAAAAAAAGGUUCUUUAAAAAAAGACGACGCUUAGUUAUUAGUCGGUCGUUUGCCAAGUCACAAACACAAACAAGGGGGGAAAUGUUUUGUUAUCCAAAGAGAGGGGGGAAAAAAACGAAGAAGACGAGGACCCUUAACGAAAGGACACAGUGCAUUGUGUUAAAUGUUGUGUAGUUCUGAUGUACACACUAGAAACUCUGAAUGUCUAUCAGUGUUCUCUCUCUCUCUGUUUUUCAGUUCAUGUUUGUGUGCCGUUAUCGUUUGGCUCAUGAAAUUUACUGCCGCAGUGCACUCGAUGGCAAAAACCCCACCCCUCCACCUGCACCACCACCACACCUGUUGUUGUUAUUAAAGGGUUAAUCCGCACUGAAUCCCACAGAUCGUGGCCACGUCUUGAACCGGUGAGGUCGGAGCAGGUGUGUGUUUAAAGGUCACUGUGUGUGAGACGCUUCAUCCCAGACAGGAUCGUUUGAAAUGUUUGGCACCACCUUCCAAUAAAGCUUCAUUGAUAAAUUGGAAUUAAGGGCUUUAUUAAUGCUUUAUAAGACAUGAAGAAGUGAAAACUUCCUUUAUACUGCCUUAUAGCUGCAGACUUCAUAUUUUUACCUUUUUAUAAAGGACUAAUUAACAUGUUGUUGCAUCGUUACCGUACAUUCUCUGGAAUUUUGAACAACCUGGCACUCAUCUGUCCUACAACUAAUUACUUUAAUUGGACACUUGGACAUUGAUUAGUCUGUUAAAUACCAAAGAGUGCCCCAGAGCUCGAGCUCAUCUCGUCUUAUCUAAAAUGAAUUUACAGGAAUAUAAAGAGACGACUCAUUGUAGAAGCUGGAAUCGGUAAACUUUGACUGUCACCUGAUCAAAUGUUUAGUUAAAUUACCUUUUUUUUAAAUGAAGCAUUAUUAAAUCAUACAUUAAGUAUUAAUAAAGCCUUUAAUUACAACUUAUAACUCCUUAUUAAUUAGUUUAUUAACACAUUGAGCUUAUUUUCUUAUGAUGGAUGGAUGAUUCAUUCUGGACUCUUUAUAGACACUGCUGCCACCUGCUGUUCAUUUGUUUGACCAGAAAUAAAAAUCAAACAUUAAAUUAUCAGAUGUGAAGUAGGUCGCACUCUCAAUAAACAAUCCCAUAAUGCAUUGUAAUUCAUGUUUGAAGCACUUUGCACAGGUGUGUGUGUGUGUGUGUGUCUGCUGCCUUGCAUUUAUUUCCUGAGUCAAACAUUCAGAAAUUAAAACAUUUAAACCAUUUAAAAAGGCAAAUGUAAUCGCUCGUUUGCUUCCCCUUCAAUUUGAAAAUAAAAAAACAAACUGUAAUGAAACGUCUCCGGUUUGUUUCUGUCCAAUCAAAUGACUUCGAUUUAGAAAUCAAGACGACACGUGAAACAUUUUUAUUGAGCAUUUUGAAGAUUUAUAGGCAUUUUUUUUCAACCGACCUGUAUCACAAACAGAAGUAUUUCACAGCCUGUCAAAUAUUGACAACGCAGCUUUAGCCCGUUCACUUAAAAAAAUAUCUCCGGUCCUUGUUUACAGAGACCCUCCCCUCUUUUUUUCUGCUUCUACAGUACAUGUUGUUUUAAAAAGGAAAGAAAAGGAAGCUAAAUAAAUAGAUACCGCUUUAAAUAAAAAAAAAAA